AUGUCCAAGUCCCCAGUCGUCAUCAGCUCCAAAGGGCAGUUGGACGGCAUCCUCAAGUCGUCCACAAUUGUCGUUGCCGACUUCUUUGCCGACUGGUGCGGUCCCUGCCGUCAGAUCGCUCCGCUCUACGAAACACUCUCCCAUUCGCUGACGCGUCCCAACCUCGUCACCUUUGUCAAGAUCAACAACGAUUCCAACCAGGACCUUGCCGAGGAAUAUGGCGUCUCCGCACUGCCCACCUUCCUCAUCUUCCGCGACGCCAAGGUCAUGGAAAAGGUGCAGGGAGCCAACCCCAAGCAACUGCAAGGCGUCGUCACCAAGCUUGCCGCCCAAGUCGAGACACUCGGCGAGAGCUCCGCAUCCGGCACCGGCCCUUGGAGGGGCGCCGAGAUCCCCAGAGGCUACAUCGACAUCACAGACCAAAUCGAAAAGACCGGCUGCGAGCUCCUGAACGCCGACGAAGCUGCCGGCCCCGUAAGGGUCCUGUUCGAGACAUCCAAGCCCAGCGCCCUCGAAAAGGGGGACAGCUCGGCCAAUGAUUGGGUGGAGAGCGGCGCCGACGACCAGCUCCUCCUCUUUAUACCCUUCCAGUCCUCGAUCAAGCUCCAUACCCUGCAGCUCACGUCCCUGCCGCCACAGGGUCAGGACGACGUGUCGAGGCCCGAGGUCAUCCGGCUAUACAUCAAUCGAACCCAGAACAUGGAUUUCGGCGAGGCGGACGAGACAGAGCCUACGCAGGCCAUAACCUUGACCGCCGAUGACUGGAACCCAGAUGGCACCGCCAACAUUGGCUUGCGCUUUGUCAAGUUUCAAAAGACGACGACUCUGGUUGUCUAUGUUCAGCAAGGCUACGGCAGCCCUGAAAAGGUUCGUAUCGACCGGCUGAAGCUCGUGGGCGAGGCGGGGCCGAGGCGAGAUAUGGGCAAGUUGCAGAAGGUCGGCGAUGACGAGUGA